GAAUGGCUCGCAGGUCGAGUGUCAGCUCGAGUGGUCACACUGCAGAUCAAACUGUGACGGCCUUUGUGACUUUAAACACCGCAGUGUAGGAGUCUAUUUCUGCAUGUGUGCGUGGAUGUGAAAGGUAAACACAGUCAGUCGCUCUGCUGCUCUGCGGACAUUAAGCCUAUUUUCCAGCCAGAGGUCAGUAUGAAAAGCCUAUUGUUGCAUGGAUCUUGGUGCCGCAGAGUGGGCAGUCUCGCCGCCGCAAACACCGUCGCCACUUCUUAACCUCUAGGUCCGAACAUUAGGUUGCACAAUGGCGAGCAGAGAGCACCUUGUUUCUUGUUUCCAGAGCGUCAUUCUGUCCCGUUUGCUGUGUGAGGCAGCUGCAGAAUGCUGUGCAGAAACUGAAUGGCAGUCAGAGCUACAAAAGGGUUCAGCACCCGGCCCAGGUAUGUGAAGGUGUUUAUCAACCCGAGCAGCCACAAGAAGGAGGCCGUUCACAUCUACAGAGACCAUGUGGCUCCUCUUUUUAAGAUGGCCGACGUCCGCACUGACAUCACAGUAACUGAUAGGAAGGGUCAUGCUCUCUCAGUGAUGAAGGAAUGCAAACUGGAUGAAUACGAUGGCGUGGUGUGUGUCGGUGGGGACGGAUCGGUGGCGGAGCUGUGCCACGCUUUGGUUCUCCGAGCUCAGCUAGAUGCAGAUUCUCCAGAAAACCCAGUGAGAGCAGCUCUGCCACUGGGGAUCAUUCCUGCCGGUUCUACAGAUGUGGUUUCCUGUUCAGUCCAUGGAGUCAGAGAUCCAGUCACAGCAGCUCUCCACGUUGUUCUAGGUCACCUGCAGCAGGUGGACAUGUGCAGCUUCUCGUCCAGCGGUCAGCUGGUGCGUUUCGGGUUCUCUGCCAUGUUUGGUUUUGGCGGCCAGAGCUUAGCGAGGGCAGAAAAGAAGAGGUGGAUGUCAUCGUCACGGCGACGAGAAUAUGCCGUGGUGAAGACCUUGGCCAGGCUGAGGCCAGAGGACUGCCAGCUGUCAUUUUUACCUGCAAAAAGCUCAGAAAGCAGUUUGUUUGGACAACAAGACCAGGGCGAAGACAAAGAACUGGACACAGAGUCAGCAGAGGAGUCUUGGAUGACCAAUCAGGGUUUGUACCUCAGCAUCAGCGUCAUGUCUAUCCCCUGUCUGAGCCCACACGCGCCCCAGGGAUUGGCUCCAAACACCAGUUUAGACAAUGGCAGCGCCUCACUGAUCGCAGUAGGUAAUGCUUCCAGGUCAGAGUUCAUCAAGCACCUCAAGCAGUACAGCAGCUCUAGUGGACAGUUUAGCUUCCCCUUCGUGGAGACGCACUCCGUGUCGGCGGUGAGGAUUCGACCCCGAUCACUGAUUGGCUGGUCUGAGGAGGAGAGCGAAGACGAGGGAGACUCCAAAAAUACACCCAUCAUCCAAUCAGAGCGAGCCGCUCUGCCCUGGAACAUCGACGGAGAGCUGGUGGAGAUCGCCAAUGAAGUGCUCAUCAGGUGGGACUAUCUGUGUUUCAGGACUAAAACCCAAAUCACCAGUGAUUCCUUGGAUUUAUUUGAUAAUCGCUGUUAUGUCAAAUAAGGUCAGUUCACCCAAAACACCGUCUUUUUUAUUCGUGGGAGUAUAGAAAGAUUCUUUAAAUGCAUCUGCUUCAGCAAAAAAAAAAAAAAAAAACUUUCACUCACACCUUAAAACAAUCAACCACGACUAAAGCUGGCCAGUUUUAAGUAAUUCUGAAUGUAAAGCAGAUUUGUAAAAAGACAACAAAGAACCAACUUGGGCAAAAAAUUUUACUGUUUAUUUCCUCACUUUUGAUAUAGUUUCUCUAAAUCUGCUAGAUGAAGUCAGUUUGCAUUAAGUCUCCCUUCCAGCAUCUAUAAAGAGGUUCCACAAGCUGCUGAGUUGGGUUCCUGGGUUACCAUGCACAUGUGUUUUUGUGCUGAGAAGACAGUCAGACAUGCUGUUUCUCUUCCUUUAUUGCCUUUUGGAGUAAUCACUCUUUUCUAAAGUCUUUUAUCCUCAAGCACCCAUAUUAGUACUCUUCAUCCAUAUAAGGUCAAAUAAAAAAAAAAUCCUGUCAUAAAUAUGAGCAGCUUUCCACUCAGUACGCUCUCUGGUGCUUGCAGACACACUAUCUUGGGUUGUAGUUGCCACUGAAUAUACAUUGUUAUUAAUUUGUACUGGGUUCUUUUAAGUGGCAUUGUUGCUGUUGUGUUAUUUGUCACUGCGAUUCUCAGUUGCCUUUUUUUUCUCUCUUCCUGUCGGUGUAGAAGCAGACUUCCUGGGUCUAUUAUCUAGAUCCUAUAUCUUCCUCAACUCUCUUCCUUUCUUUUUUCUCUUCUCCGUUGCUUUUCCAUCAUGUCUAUUUUGAUUUAAAUGAAACCACAACAAUUUCUAAUUAUGUUUUUUUUUUUUAAGUAAAGAACAGAGAGAACUUUAAUGCUCCAUUUGUAAAGUAAAUUUGUUAGGUUUCUUCCUAUUGCUAUUCGGCUAGACACAGUUAAAAUUAACUAACCAAAUAAAUAAAUACAAGCAACCUUUGAGCAGCAUUUAAUACAGUUAUUCUUCAAACUGAAAACAUCUUUAAAAAACUAUCUUGAGAAUUAAAAAUCAACAGACUGAUGCCAUGUAAAAGAUUUUAGGUUGCUUUACUGAAUUGCCCCCUUUUUUGUAGAAUGCCUCGUAAUCGCUGUUUG